AUGAAAGAAACCACCGCGGACGUUGUCUUUCAGGAGCCCAUCUCACGUGCCCUUCUCACACAGCAAAUCUCUUUCUUCCAACGAUUCCUGACCGACAGACUCCUCGAAGUCUACACGGGGAAGCCUUAUCAGGUCGACCAGUGGCACUCAACUGAGCUACGGAUUUUCCGCCAGCGCGAUGAUCUAGGGCAGAUGUACCAUGAUUUCUUUACAUGGCCGCUGGAGGAAAUGAUGCUUGACCAGGACCAUGUUCAGGAGACACUCGUCACAGCGGCGGCAGAGCCACAAAGUGCGGACCGGGCCAAAGACAUCCAGUGUUUGAUCGCAUGCUGCGACUGGCCGAGCUUGGCGAGAGCCUUGGUGAAGGAUCGGGAGCUUGCCAUCGGGCUCUUUGACGAAGAGCCUAUCGACCCGGAAUACUACAACGCCAACACGCGCAAGAAGGUCUUGCGAGGUAUUGACAAGGUCAGGGACAAACACUUUGAAGACCUCUCGGACCCGGCCAAGUACACAAUCAGCAAGUAUGCCACGGGGUUGUCGCCUGCUCAAUCAUCCGCCGAUGAGAAAUUGGACCCCACGUCACUCGACGAGAAGACUGUUGUAAUAACGACUCGUGAGACUUCUGAACCAACAACGAAAGCCGGCCAGCAGUCAAAGACCACUGCCAGGGACCUGGUCCAUACGCUUCUGGGCGGCCUCGGAAGUGCAGGACUGGGACAGGGCCUGAGGUCCAGACUACACAUCAACUCUCCCGGUAGCAGUGGAGGUGGCUGGGACGAGACAAGUCCGUUGGUGGAUUCGAAGAAGGCGAAAUAG